AUGAAGAGAAUGGGCGCGGACCUGAGAGCAGCAGGCACUGCGCACCGUCUGGCGUCUGUGUUGAAGCGUGAGCUGCGGGCGACGCUGCCGGAAGACGCCGCCGAAGUUUUGGGCCAGCGUCCCGGAGAUGUGACAGUAACCUACACCACAGUGUUCCCCUUUCUGGAGGGCCAGUUCGUGCGGCGCUUCGCGUCUGCUGCGGACCUCGCGGAGUGCCUCGUGGCCAGCUGCAACAUUCCCUUCUACGUGGCCCCGUGGCCCACAGUGACGUGCAGGGGCCGGCAGGCCGUGGACGGCUACUUCGCCACGAAGCCGCAGCACUUCGGCUGCCCGCCCACCGGCGCCCGCAGGGACGUCCGCGUGAGCUGCAGCAGCAGCAGCAGCAGCAGCAGGGGUGGCAGCAGGGGGGAGCGAGGGGGGGAGGUGUAG